AUGACAACUAUGAUCAAGCUGCAUUAUGAUGAGAAAAAUGACGAAGAAGAAAAUAUGAUCAUUCGGAGCGCCGACUACGAAACUUUCAAAUCCUAUGUGCUAAAAAAAUACGAUAAAGUAUACGAAAUUGUUAAUUACGAAAAUGAGAACAUAAAUUAUUAUAGCGUCAAAUGGAUUAACUUUAUAAACAGGAGGGUACCAAUUUUGCUCCAAAAUAAAAGCGGACCAUGUCCUCUUCUUUGCAUUACGAACAUUCUGCUUCUACGUAACCAGCUACAGAUUGACAGGAAAAUUAAGAAAAUAUCGCAGAGUUUCCUCGAAAAUAAAAUUAUGAACAUACUGUUAGAGUCCAAUAAGAAAAAUGUGACUGAUAAUACCGCGUCGUGUAAUUAUAGGAAAAAUAUUAUAGAGUGUGUAGAUAUAUUACCUCAGUUAAAAUACGGACUAGACGUUAAUUGUAAAUUUACUAAUAUUCAUUCAUUUGAGUACACCAAAGGGUUGUGCAUAUUUGACAUGCUCAAUAUCCCAUUAUAUCAUGGUUGGGUCAUCUCAUCGGAAGAUGUAAUGUUUUACUCCUACCUGAAAGAUUAUUCCUACAAUGUCAUAAUAAAUAAAAUUGUGAGAUAUAAUGAAUACUACGAGAGAAAGAAAAAAAAAAAUGCAGACGAUACUUCCAAUGGGAGAACUACCGCUUUGUAUCAGUUGGAGGGUGUGGAGGAGGAAAAAAGGGACGAUUGCCAUUUUGAAGAAUCCUACAAGAGGGAUAUGCUCAUGGAUGGCCCGACAAAUACUUCAAGAGGAGCCUCCAACUGCCAUCAGAAGAAAGCUGCACCCAACGAUGCCAUUGGCAACAUAAACAAAGGAAUCAACAAAAUCACAGAAAAAAAUGAGAAGGAAAAAGGCAUAAAUAGUGUACCCAUUUUUCCAGAUGAUCUUGAUAAAAUAUCAAAAGAAAAUUCCAAGAAGACAUUAUUUCAAGACAGCUCCUCUGUGCACCUUAUUACUGACCCCCCCUUGGAUGCAGACACAACAAAAAAAAAGAGCACAUUUUUUGGUAAGAAAAUCACAAGUCGAGAUGGGUCUAGCAGUAAGAGCAGAACUCAAACUAACGUAAUAAACGUAAAGCAGUCAUGCUCCAUAGAUUUGGAAAAAGGUGCAAAUAAGUACAGCGGUGAAACAGGGCACAAGUCGGACGGAUUCGUUGUGAAGGAAAGUAAAACGCCAAGUAAUUUGGCCACCUCUGUAAAAAAAAACAACGCAAAUAGGAACGCCACUAUUGGCGCCAAUGUAAAUAUCAGUACCAUUGCCAGUGUUGUUAGCGCCAUCAGCAGUGAUAACAGCAGCGGCGAUGUGAAUGCGGUACCCACGCCCAAAUUUCCGGAGGAUCCCUUGCUGAACAAUUCUACCAGUAUAAUUUCAGUUGAAUAUUCUUCUGAGGGGAAUACCCAGGGUAAGUCCAAAAAAUCCUCCUCGGACGAAAGGAAUAUUAGAAAUAAUGAAUUGUUUAUGCAAUCAAACGGAAUAGCUAGCUUAACUAGCGAAACUGCGAAUGCAGACAUAGCAGAUAAUUACACAGAAAAUAGUGAAAAUUUUAUUAUGAAAAAUUACAAUACAGAUAUAAAUUUAACUCCAUACGAAAUUCACGAAGCGGUAAUUAUUUCCCAAUUUCUGGAAACAUACAAAACUCAAUUGACAUUAGUUGGGUUGAAAUUAUUGCAAGAAAAUUUGAAUCCAAAUCAACUUGUAGCUUUUUUCAGGAAUAACCAUUUUAACACCCUUUUUAAGUAUGAGAAUAAAUUGUUCUUGUUGGCUGCAGACAUUUCCUUUCUACAUUUGAGUUGUACAUGGGAAUUAUUUGACAACGUAGACAAUGACACCUCCUACUAUGAUAACAAUUUUAGGUGCAUAUCAAAUCAGAAAAUUUCGGAAAAAAAUUUAGACCAUUCCAUAAUUUAUUUGAACUAUUAUGAUGGCAGUAGUGCCAAAAAUAACAUGCAUUGUGUGAGGUCCAAUGCGCCCUUUUCAAAUGAUAAAAAGAAGAAGAAAAAAAAGUGUACCUUUAUGUAG